AUGUUGUACUCCAAUAUCCCCUCUUCCAGCAGCAAUGCUUUCAUGACGGCUCCGUCACCGUAUGCACCGGAGCCUUUGUUGCAGCCCGUCCAAAAUCAGGUCAACGUGAAGGCAACUGUUGAAGUAGUUGAUAAACCACCAGCUCGAGUCGAAGUUGCGAGCACGCCUCCACCUGCCAAGCAGCAAAAUCCGCCUGAAAAGGUACUAAGUCCCGUUGACCUGUUGAAAGCAAUGUUUGCCCGUAAUGAAUAUGGCAAUGUUGUGCUAUCAAGUUCACCGGAUGGCUUAUCUUUCACGCGACCCAGCAAAGAGGCUACUGAUGCAUACGAUCUAACCGUAGUUCAGGCCAUUCGCCACAACGACGUUGAAUCACUGAGAUCCAUGCUACGAGACGGCAAGUCUUUCAAUGCAUGCAAUCGCUUUGGAGAGUCCCUUGUUCACAUGGUUUGCCGGAGAGGGAACGUGGAGAUGGCAACCUUUCUGAUCAAAGAGGCGUGUGUAGAUGUGGAUGUACGCGAUGAUUUUGGAAGGACGCCAAUGCAUGAUGCUUGUUGGACAAGCAAGCCCAAUACCACCAUCAUGGAGCUCUUGGUGAACAACGUAUCUCCUGACAUGUUGCUCAUGGAAGAUGUAAGGGGACACACUCCAUGGGAAUACUGUCGAAAGGAGCACUAUGGCGUAUGGUGUGACUACCUCAAGUCGAAGGAAGAAGACAUUCAGAGGAGAAUCAGUACCUUUGGGAUGAUCCGGGGAUAG